GGAAGUUUGUCCGUCUCCACAUGCUGGGGGCCGGGCCAUGAGACUCCAGGGGUGGGUCUGCGUCUCCUUGGGUAACCUGGCAGCUGGGUUUCUUACCCGAGCAGCAUCCCGGAGGCUCGCGGGGACUCAGAGACACGUGCGUCCCUUCAGUCGGUCUGCAGCGAACAUGGCGGAGGAGGCGAAGAAGCUGGCCGCGUACGCCGCCGUGGAUAACCACGUCCAGAACAACCAGGUGGUUGGAGUGGGCAGCGGCUCAACCAUCGUCUACGCCGUGGACAGGUUAGCGGAGAGAGUGCGACAGGAGAAACUCAACAUUGUGUGCGUUCCCACCUCCUUCCAGGCGCGUCAGCUGAUUCUGCAGCAUGGCCUCACGCUGUCAGAUCUGGACAGACACCCGGAGCUGGACGUGGCGAUCGACGGAGCGGACGAAGUGGACUCCAGCCUCACCCUGAUAAAAGGUGGAGGCGGCUGCCUCACUCAGGAGAAGAUCGUAGCCGGCUGCGCUAAACAUUUCGUGGUCAUCGCCGACUACAGGAAGGACUCCAAGGCUCUGGGCCAGCAGUGGAAGAAGGGAGUUCCCAUCGAGGUCAUCCCCAUGGCCUACGUUCCUGUCUCCAGAACAAUAGCCAAGCGCUUCGGAGGAGAAGCCAACUUGCGGAUGGCUGUCAGUAAAGCAGGACCUGUGGUGACCGACAACAGCAACUUCAUCCUGGACUGGAAGUUUGAGCACGCUCAGAACUGGAAGGAGGUCAACACGGCCAUCAAGAUGAUUCCCGGUGUGGUGGAGACGGGGCUCUUCGUCGGCAUGGCCGAGCGCGCCUACUUCGGGAUGGAGGAUGGAAGCGUGCAGGUUCGGGAUCCUCCGGUCAACUGAGGACUUCACCUCAACCAUCACACCACCUCCACCUCCACCUCCUCCUCCUCCUCCUGUGAACGACCUCACUUCUCCCACAAGUGCCAGAUUCUUGAUUCACCAGGUCCCGGGCUGUGUUUCGGUUGCAGCUCCUGGAUAAAAAGAAAUAAACGAAAGCAGGAAAGUUGUCACACACGUCACAGUCGGUUAGAAUUUGAGCAUUGCUCGGUUUUUCUCAUCCUGGAAGGUGGUGCUACUGAUUCUGUGAGACUUAAAGUGCCUCGUGAGUAAAAAACCAAGCGAUUUCCCGUCUAUUGCCGGACACACAACGAGAACGUCGGUUCCUUCUGUAAUUAGCAGCUGAUGAGUCACUGCAGAAUAAAAACUAAGAGGUGCCUUGACACUAUAAUCUAUUAAAAGUUGUGCUUUAAAAAGCUUAUAACUGUUUAUCACACUUAAAAUUGCACGGCUGAGACGAAUUAAAUUCAAAUCCACCAGUUAAAUAAAUGUCAAGCACUCAGUUUGCCUCACAGUUUUGUGUAAUUAGAUCAAUGAAGGGAUAAAAAAAAAAAAAACGCUGCCUUCACCCCCCAAAAAAGAUGAGUUGUGCUGAAUAACAUGCAGUUAUCAGGUUCAUAUAUUCACUCUAGCAGCUGUUACCUUGUUGAGGUUUGGAUUCAACAAGUAGAAAAUAAUCUCUAACCUUUAUUCCACUAUUCAAAGGUUAUAUAUCGUCGUAAUUAAAUGUAAUUCUCUUGAGAUGUUGGGAGUUCCUUCUGUUAAAAAACUAAAAAAAAUGCAUGUAGCUUCCUCCACUGCGUUGAUAUUUUUGUGCCUGUUAGUCACUUGCAUGUCGGUUACUCGUUCCACACACAGUCACAGGAGCUCUUGUGCCGUAAACUUCAUUUCAAAUACAGAUAAAAUGUUAUUUUAAUGGUGAAAAGAUGCAGCUGAAAUAUCAGCCAGCAGCACCACAAGUACAUUUUAUGUGCCUUUGGUUUUGCUUAAGCAGUAGAAUGUCCUGUCUGAUUCAGAAGUAACAAAAUUGAGAUUAUGCAGCUUUCAAAAAAAAUGUUUUAUAUAUAAAUCAAAUCAGAAAUGCAGUAGUUAAAGAUGAGUUCCUAAAACUGGAGUUGAAACAACCAAACCAAGUCAUUUGUGUGAGAUUUGUUUUCUGCUUUAGGCUCACGAUGCCUUACACUCUGGUUUCAUUCUUCUAUUUUUUUUUUUGUUUGUUUUUAUUACUGUGAGAGACUCAGGAGAACAUUUAGACGUGAAACUUUAAUAUGAUCAAGGUCUGAUUCUAGCCUGGAGACGAUGUUGAAACCAAACAAACAUCCGAAACGAACUGUACGCAGAUAUUUUCUGAUAGUUUUUGCACCAGCAUUUCUUUUCUUUACCAGUUGACUGUGAUUAUGAUUUUGCUGUGAAAGUACUACAUUUAUAUAUUUUUUUCUUUAACCAAUACAGGACCAAAUUGAGAUCA